AUGUUUGGUCUCGUAUCACUUCUUUUGGUAAAUGCAAUUGCAGUUCUUUCAGAAGACCGAUUUCUUGCAAAAAUUGGCUUUCACGGAAAAAUAGAUUAUGGAUUUGAAAAUAACUCUAUGUCGUCAGUUAAAUUUAAAAUAAUCAAUUUAAUGAAUGCAGUACGAACACUUAUGAGGAUACCAUUAAUUGUCAUUAAUACAUUGGUAAUGAUAUAUCUCUUGACAUUAGGAUAA